GCUCUGUCAGACAUGCGCAAGAGCUUCAGCAGCAGCACCAACACCACCGCUGCGCUGCGUUUCCGCCUUGGCUGAGCGGCGCACACAGCCGAGAGGGGAGGGGAGGGAAGCCGAGAAGAAGAGCGGAGCCACCGAGACGCAGUGGGCACAGCACGGACUCCGAGCAAAUUACACCGACGCACCAGUAUCCAGGCAGCCCGUCUCCAAAUUCACCCGUCAUCAAGCGACCUGUGCCGUGGCGCGCCCCAGCCUUUCAGCAUGGAGUCUGCGCUAAAAACAAGCUCUAAAAUGUGAGAUUUACGGAGGAAAUCAGAAGAGAGAGCGAGCGAGCGAGCGAGCGAACGAACGAGCGUGUGUGUAUGUGUGUGUGAGAGAAAGUGGCUAUCCCCUUUAUCUGUUGCGGGUGAUCUCAAUUCUGUGCUCUGCAGUCUGAAAAUGAAGAAGUUCAACAUCAGAAAGGUGCUGGACGGCUUGAAAGAGGUGUCCUCCUCCACCCCGUCUGUCCAAGUGGGGCCACAGGAGAACCAUCUGAUCCAGGAGACCCUCCAGUCCGACCAUUUCCAGCUCUGCAAGACUGUCCGUCAUGGUUUCCCCUACCAGCCAUCGUCCAUGGCUUUUGACCCCGUGCAGAAGAUUCUGGCCAUUGGCACCCAGAGUGGAGCUCUCAGAUUGUUUGGUCGUCCAGGCGUGGAGUGUUACUGUCAGCACGAGAGUGGAGCAGCCGUCAUCCAUCUACAGUUUCUCAUCAAUGAGGGAGCGCUGGUGAGUGCUCUGGCUGACGACAGUGUCCACCUGUGGAACCUGAGACAGAAGAGACCAGCCAUCCUCCACUCCCUCAAGUUCAGCAGAGAGCGAAUAACUUUCUGCCACCUGCCCUUCCAGAGUAAAUGGUUGUACAUCGGCACAGAACGAGGGAACAUCCACCUCGUCAACGUGGAGUCCUUUAUGCUCUCAGGCUACGUCAUCAUGUGGAACAAAGCCAUUGAACUGUCCUCCAAGGCUCACCCUGGACCAGUUGUCCACAUAAGUGACAACCCCAUGGAUGAAGGAAAGCUCAUAAUUGGAUUUGAGGCUGGGAUCGUGGUCCUGUGGGAUCUGAAAUCAAAGAAGGCCGACUAUCGCUACACUUACGAUGAGGCAAUCCACUCAGUUGCCUGGCAUCACGAGGGCAAGCAGUUCAUUUGCAGUCACUCAGAUGGAACUCUGACCAUAUGGAACAUCAGAGGCCAGGGCAAGCCCAUACAGACAAUCACCCCACACGGAAAACAGCCCAAGGACGGGAAGAAGCCAGAGCCUUGCAAACCCAUUCUCAAAGUGGAGUACAAAACCACUAGAAUUGGGGAGCCCUUUAUAAUCCUGUCUGGUGGUCUAUCCUACGACACGGUGGGCCGGCGGCCUUGUUUGACGGUAAUGCACGGGAAAAGUACCGCUGUGCUGGAGAUGGACUAUCCUAUAGUAGACUUCCUUACACUCUGUGAGACACCAUACUCUAAUGAUUUUCAGGAACCUUACGCUGUGGUGGUCCUUCUAGAAAAAGAUUUAGUGGUGAUCGACCUUGCACAAAAUGGUUACCCUAUAUUCGAGAACCCCUAUCCUCUGACUAUCCACGAGUCUCCUGUGACCUGCUGCGAGUACUUUGCCGACUGCCCUGUGGACCUCAUACCUGCACUUUACUCUGUUGGCUCGCGGCAGAAACGACAGGGCUACAGCAAGAAGGAAUGGCCUAUUAGUGGCGGAAACUGGGGUCAAGGCACACAGAGCUACCCAGAGAUCAUCAUCACUGGGCAUGCUGAUGGAACUGUGAAGUUCUGGGAUGCCUCUGCAAUAAUGCUCCAAGUGCUCUAUAAGCUCAAAACAGCCAAGGUGUUUGACAGGAAUCGGUCUAAGGAGGACAAGAGCAGCACCGAAGUGUCAGAUGAAGACCCCUUUGCCAUUCAGAUCAUGGCCUGGUGCCCUGAGAGCCGGAUGCUGUGUGUGGCCGGGGUGUCAGCCAACGUUAUCAUCUACCGCUUCAGCAAACUGGAAGUAACUACUGAGGUGGUGCAGUUACUAGAGGUGCGAAUGCAGUACGAGCUGAACGACAUAGAGUCUCAGACGGCGGGGUGGAGGGGAGAACAGACAUCAGCGCUUCCCACCCCCGGUGCCUCACCCAGACAAGCGGCACCUUCAACCUCCACGAGCAGCAACAACUCUGACGGAGGCAACAUACCCUGCCUAAGUAUAGUGCGCAGUACUCCUCUGAAGCAGUCUGCAGGUUACCAGGUAGAUUUGGUGAUCCAGUUAGUGUGGGUGAGCGGAGAGCCUCCGCAGCAGAUCACAAGUCUGGCGCUCAAUUCCUCCUACGGCCUUGUGGUGUUUGGCAACAGUAACGGUCUGGCUGUGGUGGACUAUGUCCAGAAGACGGUAGUGCUCAAUUUGGGGACGGUCGAGCUUUAUGGCUCCAAUGACCCCUACCAGAGACAGCCCCGCUCGCCAAGAAAGUCACGACAGCCUUCUGGAGGUCUGUGCGACAUCAACGAGGGCUCAGCCACAUCAGAGGACCGCUGCAAGUCCCCUACUUCAGUGUUGAUGUCAAACAGCAAUCUACCGCAAUUCUACAAUGGAGGUGGUAGAGGAGCAAAGAUGUCACGGAAAUUAAGCUUGCCUACUGAGCUAAAGCCAGACUUGGACCACAGGGACAAUUCUUUCAGCCGCUCGCGCUCCUCCAGCGUCACCAGCAUCGACAAGGAAACACGAGAGUCCAUCAGUUCCUUCCACUUUAGUGACACCUUCGCCCGGAAAGGGGACAGCGCUUUGACACCCUGCCUGUAUGUGGGCACUACUCUGGGCACCGUGCUGUCUCUAGCUCUCACAUUACCACCUGCUGGGGAGCAACGGCAACUGCAGCCAGUUAUCAUUUCACCUACAGGCAUUUUAGUGCGGCUGACGGGCAGCGUCAUGCGGAUGGCUUUCCUGGACUCAACAGGUUCCAUGCUGCCCCCUCCGUUUGAGCCCUGGUUUGAGCCCAACGUUACAGCGGAUGGUGAAGAAAGAGAGAAAGUCCGUAAGCGCCGGCCUGUCUCGGUAUCCCCUUCUACCUCCCAGGACCUCAACGAGAGUCAGUAUGCUGUGGUGUGUUCCGAGAAACAGGCCAAAGUCAUUUCCCUCCCCUCCCAGACUUGCAUCUAUAAACACAGUAUCACAGAGACCUCCUUCAUCCUAAGGGCAGAUGUGGUGCAGAUGAGCCAAGGCGUGUCUCUGGCUUGUUUCUGUGCCAAUGGCCACAUCAUGACCCUCAGUGUGCCGGGACUGAGACCGCUCAUGGAUGUAAACUACCUGCCUUUGACAGACAUGCGGAUAGCAAGGACGUUCUGCUUCACCAACCUGGGUCAGGCCAUGUACCUCUGCUCCCCCACUGAGAUCCAGAGGAUUACUUACAGCCAGGACACCUGUGAAAACCUACAGGAGAUGCUGGGUGAACUUUUUACACCAGUGGAGACACCAGAGGCACCCAACAGAGGGUUCUUCAAAGGCCUCUUUGGUGGAGGAGCACAGUCGCUGGACAGGGAGGAGCUAUUUGGUGAGGUGUCAGCUGGGAAGGCAUCACGAAGUCUGGCCCAGCACAUCCCAGGCCCGGGUGGCAUUGAGGGCAUGAAAGGGGCAGCGUCUGGUAUAGUUGGAGAUCUGGCGCGCGCCCGGAUAGCACUGGAUGAAAGGGGCCAGAAACUGGGCGAGCUGGAUGAGAGGACAGCUGCCAUGAUGGCCAGCGCAGACUCCUUUUCCAAACACGCCCACGAGAUGAUGCUGAAGUGCAAAGACAAAAAAUGGUACCAGUUCUGAUCAGUGCCGCUGGAGGAGCAGAGCUCCUUGGACACAACUGUCACCUUCCAUUGGCCCAUUUGGACUCACCGUGACCCCCACCCAUCUGUCUGUCCAAUCAUCCAUCCUUCCAAGCCUUCUUCACUGGGACACUUGGGAUUUUCUUCCCUAGCACAAUGUUGAAUACUGUUGUUACCUCAGUCUAAAUGGUGGAACUGAGGGGUAGACAGGGGAGAAGGACAACCUCAGAAGGAGCAAAUAAAUGGUGUCUUUUUUAUGUUUUUGUCUCCUAGUUUAUCUCUGUUCAACUUCUCCUCCGAGGUAGCCAAUUGGCCCAAGCACCUGGAGAUUCAUCAUUCUGAUUUGCCAAAAACGUCCUUUACUGUUGUCUCCACUCCGAGCCCAUCGGGGCCAGUAUUCAAACCAACGAACAUAGCUGAAAAAAGACAAAUACCUAAUGAAGAAACAAACUACAAACAUUCUUAAAAUGUAAAAAGAAGGAAUAAGAAUCUAAAUACAUCAUUAUAUAUACAUAAAUCUAAUAAAUGUGCAACGCUGUAUCCACCUCUGAGUGACAAAAGUACAAAAGAAAGUAAUAAAGCAUCGAGGAGACAGGAGCAGGGUGCGAGAAGAAGGAGGCGUUGAAGUGCCAGGGGAAGUGCUGCGUCAGCGAUGCCUCCUCUAUGCAGAGAGUCACAGGGAGGAAAACAACUUAUUCUGAUGUACACUGGAUAUUUCGUCAUAUCGCUCAACCUGUAGACUCUCCUCUGUAUCUUACAGACUUUCAUAUGUUACCAACAGUGUGUGCGUGUGUGUGUUAAUUUCUAUUUUCUUGCCAUUCCUCUAUUUGUUAUUUGUUGGGUUUUUUGCUCUUGUCUGUAUUAUUGGAAAAUCUCUUAUUUUUCUAUUGUUGUGAAAGUGGAUGAUAUUUGAUUUGUUGAAAAAAAAAAAAAUACAUUUUGUGGCUUUUAUCUAACAACUCAAAUUAAUUUCUCCUUACGAAAAGGGCUGGAAUCUAAAAAGGAGGGCAAGGAUUUAAAAGGCAUAUAUCGUUAAGUACUCACUGACAUGGCAACAUCAGCUGUCUUGACUCUGAAAUCUCUCAAAUCAAGUGCGUAUGAACCACACGUUUAUUGUUUACCCAAGGAUUUAAUUCAUUGACCUGUGUGAUGUGAUGUGAACUGUCUCCCUCACCCUCUAAUGUCAUACGCUUCCACGGUUUGGCUUAGCCUGUGAGUGUGACUGUACAAAUGCUGAGGAGAUCAGUGUUAAAUACGCUAAUAGUCCAGCCAGAUUUGGUGGAGUUUCCAAAUUCUGGAGUCAAUCAAUAUGGAGAUUACAUACACAUGAGUAGUAACCCUAUUUAUGUGUUUUCAUAUAUGCAGGAUAAUAGAGAUACGGACGUAUAAUCCUUUUAAAGGCAUACAUUUAAAACAUAUUUCAGGUUUUGCUGACAGUUGUUUGUAUGAGAAAGUUGUCUAUGUGAUUUAUUUGUUUAUAUUUAUUUAUUGAGGUGAAAGACAGUUGUGUUUGGUGUCAGAAACGUUCACCUCCAUUAUUAUCUGGUUUCUAUUUCCAUAUUUGCAGUGAAGCUCAAAUAUGGUGAAUCUACCAAGCUUUUAAUCUUUAUUUGUAUAUAAGUAAAUAGUUUGACAAUCUAAGACCAACUGGAAAGUUAAUGUCGAGGUUGCUCAAGCAACAGAAGAGGAGAGAGGCCAUAUUUUUUCUGACGCCAAAGAGUUGCUUUAGCUUUUCCAUUGCAUUAUCGUUUGGCUCAUCACUCUACCAGACAGUAUACGGUAAUAUGUGUAAUACAAUAUAACUUCACCCAGGAAGAGCAGAGCCGGGAUCAGGUCCAUUUGGGAAUAUGGUCAUCGUCAUCACGUUUCAGGAUUCAAGAAAUGGAGCAAGUUGCAAUGGAACUCAGACAUUUAUAGUAGUACUGUUUCACAUUAUGUCAUAAAAAUGUAACAUUUGGACUUAUGUUUAAUGUUUGAAGUGGCCUAAAUGUUGGUUGAUAAGGCUGUUUCCUGAACCAUAUCACUACAGCAGCUGAAACACAACUGUGUGUGUGUGUGUGUGUGUGUGUGUGUGUGUGUGUGUGUGUGUGUGUGUGUGUGUGUGUGUGUGUGUGUGUGUGUGUGUGUGUGUGUGUGUGUGUGUGUGUGUGUGUGUGUGUGUGUGUGUGUGUGUCAGGGUUUUUCAGGGUGUGCUCAUGUAAAUUAAGGGAUAUCAUUUCAGAUUUGGGUUGUUUAAUAAUUGAUGUUUGUGUCCUUGUCUCACCAGUGUCCAGUUGAGUGUCUGUUACACUAACUAAAGCCACCAAUGACGAUAAAAAGAUAACAAUAAGAUAAUGUACAAUAGAGGAUGAUCUCUAAACUACGGUGUGAUUUUACUGGCGCAUGUCUGGGCCCAUGCUUCGACUCUGCUUCACUUCAGUCUUUGCCUUUCUCUCUUCCUCAGUAAAUCUACCACUGACUCUCUUGGUUCCACAGCGACAGAUAUGGCCUUCUCUGUGUUUAGUCAGCAUUGUAGUGUGGAUGUUGGUAGGUAGCUCUGUCUUUAUCCCCCAAAGUAAAGAAUAGGAAAAAAACAACUUCAGGAAAAAUAACUAGUUUUAGCUAGAAUUCGUCCCUGAAAACCUGUUCAAUGUCUUUCCCUCCAACCCAACUGUUAUUCAUGUGUUUUAGUUUUUUUUUUCCAUCUUUGUGUGAUUUGUUUCUUGUCCAUACACUACAGUAUGCAGUAUUCUUACCCGAUACAAUCCACACACCCAAGCAACAAGAGGGAGUCCUGUCUAUCUGCCAUAUGCCAUCUUCUGUCCUGGAUUCAACAGCUAUCAGUGGGUUGCAGUAUUUUUCUCAUUGUAGCCAAUUUUCUUGUACAGUUUUAUGCAACUUUCACAUGGAUGUUUAUGACUUUAUCUGCUGCCACACAAAUUUAGAAAUUCUGUAGAUAGAGAUUACUGUGCAAUGGAAAAUAAAAGUUUAAAAUGUU